AUGGGGAAUUCCGACCAGAACACAAGUGGAACACCUGCGCCAUACGGGCGGGCUUGCACUAACUGUGUCCGUGCUAAGUGCAAGUGUAUGCUCGCCGGCGAGAGCGACAAGUGCCAAAGAUGCCUCCGGUUGAACAAGGACUGCAAAACCUCAGAAUCAAACCGAAAGCGCAAGCGCUCAGCAUCCUCCAAGACUCAGCAUCUCGAGGCCAAGCUCGAUAGUAUAGUCUCAAUGCUACAGGCCAACGGUACAAACGCUGGUCUUCCAGUCGAUUGGGAAGCUGCAACUCAUCGACAAGCUCCACGCGAUGUCUCAAGCCAAAUUGGAUCUUCGGUUGCCCGAACGCCGGCGAGUACUACAUCUCCGUCAACGAUUGAACAUUGUGGCUCGUCUGUUUAUGAUGAUAUCUCUUCGACGAUGUCCAUCUCGCCUGCGGCGGCUCAAGAGAACCUCGACAACUUUCGCAAUCAGAACCUCAGGUAUCUGCCAUUUGUGAAUAUUCCGCCUCAUAUUACAUCUGAGCAUCUGCGGAGCCAGCAGCCAUUUUUCUGGUUGUGCAUAAUGGCUGUGCUUAACCCAGGCACGCUGGAGAGUGAAGGCACCUUCAAGAAGAUCACCGACUUCAUUUAUCAAAGGCUUAUGGCGGAGGCCUCGCCAAGUAUGGAUCUACUUCUUGGAGUUAUGACAUUCAUUUCAUGGGUCACAUAUGCCAAAAGACCGUUCCUCAAUUUCUACGCACAUGUAUUAAUUGGGAUUGUUUCCGAUCUUGGAAUCAACAAGAGUGUUCCAAACGAAUACUCUACUAUGCAAGCAUUCAAGUGUGCUAUUGGCUGGAGGCUAAAUCCACCUACAGCAAGAACGCUGGAGGAGCGGAGGGCUGUGAUGGGUUGCUUUCUGAUCACAUCAAGCGUUGCUUUGUCGAUGUUUAAGAUUGAUGCUUUACGUUGGACCCCACACAUGGAAGAAAGCCUUUCGGUGCUCGCCGAGGCCAAGGACUGCAAGGAAGACCAGCUCCUGGUCACGCUUGUCAAGAUUCAGCUAGUGAUAGACCGAGUCUACCAUGCCCGCCGUGACGGCGACUCUCUCAAUCCGCUGGCCUUCUAUCUGAAUUCCUUCCAAACACAAUUGGAAACCGUGAAGAGCCAGAUACCAGUUCAUCUGCAGAAAGACAAAGCUGUACUCAUGUACUUGAGCAACGCCGAACUAACCAUUAACGAAAUCUCCAUCGUCCUACCAGCCGUACCAAACGCACCAGACCUCAAACGCUUGGACAGCCUGUACAUCUCCCUCAACGCAACGAAAUCUUGGCUCGAUCUAUGGCUAAGCAUCCCACCAAAGAACUACAUAGUCAUCUCCUUCGUCAUGUUCUUCCAAUUCACCCGCACAAUAGUCAACCUAUACAGACUAUCCACCCUGGAAGACCCAGCCUGGGACAGAACCAUGGUCCGAAAUACUGCCAAUCUAAUCUCAUACCUGGAAAGCAUCGAAGCCAAUCUUAAGGAAGGUGCAGAUCACAUCGCCACUGCCGGAGGAACGGAUAUGAACAUCCUCGAAAAGGGACUGAGGAUGGUCCAGGGUUUAAAACGGGGCUGGGAGCCUAAAUUGAAUGAAAUUUGGUACGAUGCGCCUAUGAAUCAGAGUAUUCUGCAGGCUGAUAUGGGUGUUGGUCCGCCCAAUGGCUUGAUUCCUGAAAGCUUGCAGUUUAAUGGGUUUGAUGAUUCUUGGAUGAUGGAGAUUCUGGGAUCUCUGUGA